CUGGCUGGGGUGGGAGUGUGGGUUGUUACAUGAGACUCAGAGUCUGCAUCUCUCUACCCCUGCCCUGCGGAGCUACAGUCCAUCCUGUCACUGCCUGGAGCUGUGGCACCAUGCACAGGGGCCAGGGGCCGCUGCUCCUCCUGCCACUGCUGGCUGUCUGCCUGGGAGCCCAGGGCCGGAACCAGGAGGAGCGUCUGCUCGCGGACCUGAUGCACAACUACAACCCCCAUCUGAGGCCCGCCGAGCGCGACUCGGAUGUGGUGAACGUCAGCCUCAAGCUCACCCUCACCAACCUCAUUUCCCUGAACGAGCGAGAGGAGGCCCUCACCACCAAUGUCUGGAUAGAGAUGCAGUGGUGUGACUACCGCCUACGCUGGGACCCACAAGACUACGAGGGCCUGUGGGUGCUGAGGGUGCCGUCGACCAUGGUGUGGCGGCCGGACGUGGUGCUGGAGAACAAUGUGGACGGCGUGUUCGAGGUGGCCCUCUACUGCAACGUGCUCGUGUCUCCGGAUGGCUGCGUCUACUGGCUGCCCCCCGCCAUCUUCCGCUCCUCCUGCCCUGUCUCUGUCACCUACUUCCCCUUCGACUGGCAGAACUGCACCCUCAUCUUCCAGUCCCAGACCUACAGCACCAACGAGAUCAACCUGCACCUGAGCCAGGAAGAUGGCCAGACCAUCGAGUGGAUUUUCAUUGACCCCGAGGCCUUCACAGAGAACGGGGAGUGGGCCAUCCGGCACCGGCCAGCCAAGAUGCUGCUGGACAUGGGGGCAGGACCGGCCGAGGGGGCGGGUCACCAGAAGGUGGUCUUCUACCUGCUCAUCCAGCGAAAGCCCCUUUUCUACGUCAUCAACAUCAUCGCACCCUGCGUGCUCAUCUCCUCCGUCGCCAUCCUCAUCUACUUCCUUCCUGCCAAGGCGGGUGGCCAGAAGUGUACUGUCGCCAUCAACGUGCUCCUGGCCCAGACCGUCUUCCUCUUCCUUGUGGCCAAGAAGGUGCCCGAGACCUCUCAGGCGGUGCCACUCAUCAGCAAGUACCUGACCUUCCUCCUGGUGGUGACCAUCCUCAUUGUCGUGAAUGCUGUGGUCGUGCUCAACGUGUCCUUGCGAUCCCCACACACGCACUCCAUGGCCCAUGGGGUCCGCAAGGUGUUCCUGCAGCUCUUGCCUCAGCUGCUGCGGAUGCAUGUUCGCCCGCUGGCCCCGGCAGCAAUGCAGCACGCCUGGCCACGGCUACAGAAUGGCCCCUCCUCGCCGUGGCCAAUCACAGCUGGGGAGGAAGGGGCCCUCUGUCUGCCUCGCAGCGAACUCCUCUUCCGGCAGCGGCAGCGCAACGGGCUGGUGAGGGCAGCACUGGAGAAGCUAGAGAAAGGCCCAGAGCCGGGGCAGAGCCAGGAGUUGUGUGGCAGCCUGAAGCAGGCCGCCCCGGCCAUCCAGGCCUGUGUGGAAGCCUGCAACCUCAUUGCCCGUGCCCGGCGCCAGCAGAGUCACUUUGACAGUGGGAACGAGGAGUGGUUCCUGGUGGGCCGUGUGCUGGACCGUGUCUGCUUCCUGGCCAUGCUCUCCCUCUUUGUCUGUGGCACUGCUGGCAUCUUCCUCAUGGCCCACUACAACCGGGUGCCCUCCCUGCCAUUCCCUGGAGACCCCCGCUCCUACCUGCCCUCACCUGACUGAGCCAACCAAUUGAGGCUAGCCAUGCGGAGUCUUAUCAGCUGUGUUCUGCUGCUGUGGUCACGAGGGUGCUCUUUGGGAAGUGCCACAUGUGAGCCAACCAGCCCUGAGAAAAGCUGGAGAAAUAAAGAGACAGAGCAGGAGUCCUGGAGUGGUUGGCGAUGGGCUGUGGGCAGGAUGUGCUGGGGGUCAGCAUCCAUGUGACAUUGGCCAGCUAGUCCUGGCACUCCCCUCACUUCAGCAAAGCAUUAUCACCCCGCUAUCAUUUCUGAAGCCCUAAGGACUCUGUUUUGUAUGCCGUCCCCAACUAGGCAAGGUCCUAUCCCUCCAAGCCUGGGCCUCCCUUCCCUUUUAUGAGUUUCCCAUAGGCUCCUAAAGGAGGAAAAUCAAGAGAGAUGUGACACCUCCAACUGGCACCUCCCUCCCUCCCCUGCCUUCUGGGAGCUGUAAGCACCCAAUACUCACCUGGGCCAGUGACCUUUCCACUCAUGCACAUUUUGUCAUUGAUCACAGAAGAUUUCACAAGUUUUAUCUUUCCUCACUGUUAAGAGCUUAUCCUACCACGGACAAUCAAGAGUCACUAUUCCCCCAUGUUUGAGAUGGGCAAAUUGGGGCCCCCCCAAGAAAGGGGCUUCCCAGAACACUGGUGGCUAAAUAAGGUUUGGAGUCCAGAAUUCCUGACUCAGGCACAAUCUUAGACACUAUGGCCUGGAAAAUGGACCCCUCUUCCUUCUCUUCUCAAAGGCCAGGGCGUCUGCAGUGGUCUCAAAGGACGGUUAAGACAAGGAUGAGCUAGGCAGGGAGCCUGGGAGGUGACAGGGAACCGCUGGGCUCUGCCUCCCAGGAGGAGACCCUGACCAGCCUCCCUUGGCUCCAUUUAGGAAACAAGGCCUGCUGAGGUCUUCCUGGGAGAAGCAAGGCCCUGCUUUGAGAGUACAGCUGGGGCCUGAACUCCGUUGGUGACAAGACAGCUUGGGCAAGUCAUCUGUGCUCCUUGAGCCUCUGUUUCCUCGUCUGUAACUAUGGGCACAGAUGUCAGUUCUUAGCUACCCUCAUCACAGGAUCAAAGGUGCAGGGGGGCGAUUCAAAAUGUGAAAAGUGCCACAUAAAGACCUGAUAACGGGACAUUGCUUGGGGACAGGGGAGCGGACCCGGGAAAUGCCACCCCCUCUUCCCCAAAUACAGGGUUGCUGGCUUUGGGGGUCAAUCUACCAGCAGGUUCAUUUCAUUUAUUCCAGUGAGUGUGUGUGUGGAGCAGAGACUUAGUCCAGAUCCGGAAGGCACUCUGAUGCGGGUGGGACCAUCUCUGGUUCCCGUAAGCCUCUUACUAGCUUUGUCACCCGGGCUGAGUCCCUCAACCUCUCGGCCUGUCUCGGAGGGCGGAGAUCAGCUCUGUAGCUCCUGGCACAAGGAAGCACAGAUUAACGUCAGCUGCAGCUUAUCGAGGGCUAUUGUGUGUAGCGCCCGACACUGAAGAUCUCGUUCAAUCCACACGGCACCCUGAAAAGGCAGGUACUGUAGUCUAGCAUCGCCAGGACCCAGGAAGGGACAGCCUCGGGGAGGCUGAGAGAGUCCCGGACCGCGCAGCCCGCACUGGGGGUGGAGCCGGGAUCUGUCCCAAGCAGAGUCCAGAGCCCGCGGCUGCCCCGUUCUCCGAGCCCGCCAAGGGACGGGCUCAGGACGCGCUCUCUCGGGUGGGGAGCGCUAUUUUGGAGCCGCCGGGCGGGCGGGAGGCCGACAGGGACAGAAAUGGAGACAUCUGACUCCAGCAGCAC